GCCUUGUUUUUGUCUCCACGGGCAACGACGCCGCUGGGAAAGAAAACACCCUCCCAAAAGUCCAGGACCUUCUUUGACUGUACUUCAGACAAUGCACUCCAGCUCCAGCACACUGGCCACCGAAAAACGCCACUAACUAUUGCAAUUAAUAUUUCGACCCGUUCCCACUCCGACGCCUUCGAGUCCACGCCCAGAGACAUUCGAUCCAUUAUUUACGAUUCCCUCCCCUCAAAGCGAGCCCACCGAUACGCUAAGUCACGAUCGCCCAUUCCCGUUUGUUCGAUAACCCACCAUGCUGGCUGUGCGAGACCAGGAGAAUUUGGUGCAUGCCCACCAGACCGUGGCAGCUGGAAAACCGUUGAAUCAAGGCACAAAGACUCCCGGCGCACGAGCUCCCAAGACCCCGUUCAAGGUCCCGCUGAACGACGAGAAUGGGCCGUUGGCUUUUGGAAAGAAGACUGUGAAGGCGACUGGAAAAGGGAAUGAAAACUUGAAGCCGGCCAAGGAUGCGUUUGUUACUCCUCUGCCAGAGAACCGUCAACGAGCGCCGCUGGGUAUGAAAACGACUAAUGCCAAGGCAAAGACCCCAGCUCCUAUUGGCACGAGCAAGCCCGAGAGGACCAACAGGAGAACGUCGACGCAGAAAGUGAAGAAGAUUGCUCCCUUCGUACAGCAAAGUGAGCCUGAGACAGCGGCAAAGUCGAUCCAGGAUGAUGUGCCGGAUAUCGAAUACAUGCCACCCAAGCCUAAAGAGCUCCCGGACCUCCCGGACGACAUUAAAUACGACACCACUUUCCCUCAGUUCAGACCGGAGAACCUCGCGCGUGGAUUGGAGAGCACCUACGGAAACAACGAAGUUGGAAGCGACGGACUUACCAAGCGGGAACGAAAGUACAAGGAAGCUUCGAUCGCCCAGGACAAGAUGAUGGACGAAAUGAUUCUCAAGCAAAUCGACAGUAUUGGGUUUGAGGAAGCCAACGAAAUGGAGCCCAUGAAGGAGGCAUCGAAACGCCGCAUUGAACCCCGUCGAGUGAAGGUCCCUACCCCAAAAGUCAAAUACAGCAACGUUUCGACUCUACGAGCCCGGGAUGCAGCGGCAGCGUUGUCAGCCCCCGAACCUUCGGGCCCACGAACCAGAGCUGCGUCCCGACCCCGAAUCAGUUCGUCCAUUCAUACGAGAAAACCCAGGGCUCCUGCAAAUCCGUCUUCUAUGCGCCAUAGUGCUGCUGUCGCAAACUCCAAGACCACCGUUGGCUACUCCAAAGGCAGAGAAGUCUCCACCAGACUGCAUGGUAAGCCGUCGACUACUGCGAAACAGCCAGCACCCAAGAACAUCUUGUCCCCCGAUACGUAUAUGCAGCUCUACGGAACGCCGCCUUUCGGAUCGGAGAUGUGGCUUCGCUGCAAGGCUGUCGGUUGCUUCGACGAUGAACAGAGUCAGGCGGAAACCAUCCCGGAACCCCUUCCUACCUUCGGCGAGGAUGACGAGGCGCUCAACUUCCAGUUAGCUCUAUGAGCGAGCGACAAAACUUUUUAUGGCAUUCUAGGCGAAUUUGGAUCGGUAUCCUUUUUUUACAUUGUUCUUCUGGUUUUUCCAGUUUAUGGUUUGGGUGGUAAUUAUGCGUGUCGACAGGACAGGACUUAUGGCGUUUAUCUGUUUUUGACAAAUGAUUAUUGGUUUAUGAUCUUCAUCAAGGGAAAUUUGUGUAUCACUAUUUUGGUAUCAGCAUGGCGAACGAUAACUACUACGUAUUAGGUAUGAGUGAGCAGUCAAUUAUAUUUCACGGACAAUUUGUUGUGGAG